CUGCAAUCUGAACAUUCCUGAUACCAUCCUAGCACCUCAAACCUAGCAGAAUGACCGCCCAGAACGGUACCGCCUCCGCCCCAGCCAAUGGGCUUCUGCAAGCCUCUUCCUCCAAGGCGCCUUUGGACGCCUCUCAAGCCUUGGCAACUCUUGCAAGCUACCCGCAUGGUGAUGGUCUCGCCAUGUCAGAGCUCAUCGACUCGAGGACCCACGGCGGUCUGACGUACAAUGACUUCCUGGUUCUUCCCGGCUACAUUGACUUCCCUGCCUCGGAAGUCAGCCUCCAGUCCAGGGUCACUCGUAACGUAGUCCUCAACACUCCGUUCCUCUCGUCGCCCAUGGACACUGUUACCGAGACCGAUAUGGCCAUUGCAAUUGGUCUGCAGGGUGGUAUGGGUGUCAUCCACAACAACAUGUCGCCUCAGGAGCAGGCCAGCAUGGUGCGAAAGGUCAAGAAGUACGAGAAUGGCUUCAUCACGGAGCCCAUGUGCUUGAGCCCCAACGAGACAGUUGGCGAUGUUCUCGACAUCAAGCAGCGCCUGGGUUUCGGAGGUAUUCCCAUCACUGACAACGGAGGCCUCAAUGGCAAGCUCCUCGGCAUUGUCACUGCUAGGGAUGUUCAGUUCCGGGACCCUGCCGUUCCUCUCUCUGAGAUCAUGACCACUGAUCUCGUCACUGCAAAGACUGGCGUCACUCUGGAGCAGGCCAACAACAUCUUGCGAGACUCAAAGAAGGGCAAGCUCCCCAUUGUGGACACUGAAGGCCGUCUUGUUUCCCUUCUAGCGCGCUCUGAUCUGCUCAAGAACCAGAACUUCCCUCUGGCAUCGAAGAGGCCCGAUUCGAAGCAGCUGUAUUGUGCCGCUGCUGUCGGUACCAGACCCUCCGACCGAGAGCGCCUCAACCUCCUCGUCGAGGCUGGUCUUGACGUAGUUGUGCUGGACUCUUCGCAGGGAAAUUCGAUUUACCAAGUCGAGAUGAUCCAGUGGAUCAAGAAGACCCACCCUAACCUGGAUGUCAUUGCUGGCAAUGUCGUGAACAGGGAGCAAGCAGCGACCCUCAUCGCUGCUGGAGCAGACGCCCUCCGUGUCGGAAUGGGUUCUGGCUCGAUUUGCAUCACUCAGGAAGUGAUGGCUGUUGGUCGACCUCAGGGUACUGCCGUCUACGCCGUUGCCGAGUUUGCCUCUCGAUUUGGCGUGCCAGUCAUUGCUGACGGUGGAAUUUCGAACGUCGGACACAUUGCCAAGGCGAUGACUUUGGGCGCUUCUGCUGUCAUGAUGGGAUCACUCCUUGCCGGUAUCGAGGAGGCUCCCGGAACAUACUUCUUCCGAGAGGGCAAGCGACUCAAGGCCUACCGAGGAAUGGGUUCCAUCGAGGCCAUGGAGCACCAGAGGAAGGGCAAGGUUCCCGGAGCCACGGGCAAGGGAGCUGCCAAGGCCGAUGCUGCUGCCCCGGAUGUCGCCCACGAGAAUGCCGCUACUCAGCGAUACUUCUCUGAGGCCGAUGCCGUCAAGGUUGCCCAGGGUGUUUCUGGUGCCGUUGCAGACAAGGGUUCGUUGAAGCGUUUCCUACCUUACCUCUUCACUGGUCUGCAGCACUCGCUGCAGGACAUGGGUGUACGAAGCUUGGCGCAGCUCAAGGAGUACGUUGGCAGCGGAAAGGUCAGGUUCGAGCUCAGGACUGCCAGUGCACAGGUCGAGGGAGGAGUCCACGGCCUGGCCUUCUUCAACAAGCAGCUCUACUCCGAUGCUUGAGCGCGUGCUGGUGCUACUCUUCUGUUCAUACUUCUCGUCACCCUCUCCUACUUAUACUGCCGUGGCUCAUGUGCUGCUUUCACUACUUUGCCUAAUGCCAUCUGCCUG